ACACACACACACACACACACAGAGUCAGUGUACAGGAGCGGACACACAGAGAGGACUAUCUACACACACGCGCGCGUGCAAACGCACACACUCACACACGCGCGCGCGCACGCACACAGCUCUCCAGGUGUCGGAGGCGAACUCGGUGAAUAUUGUGAGAGAGACUUGAGGAUUUCAGCUGAUUUCUGGAUUUUAUCCUUUUAAUGUGAGCUGUUUUGAUGACUGGGUAUGAAAACAGAGCGCGUCGGGAUAUAAUUUAAAGAGUGAAGAGGAGGGAAAGUGUUUCAGCAUUCAGCUCGUGACUGAAAUGGGAUUUUCCUGUGGACCAGGACUGAAUUUUUAAGCUUAAAAUCCUUGGAAUAUUUUUUAAUUUUUUUUAUUUUUUAAUCCAAAAUAUAUAUAUAUAUAUAUAUAUAUAUUUUUUUUAACCCAAUCCAGAAAAGCUUUCUUCAAAGAAUCGCUUGGGAUAAUUUAAAAAAAAUUUUUGAUUCUCUAUUUUGUUUGGUGUUGUGGAAAUGGUGGGCCAUCUGCACUUGCAGGCUAUGGAGGAGAGUCUGAAGGGAAAGAGUCGCGAAGGGCUCCUCGACAGUCCCGACUCGGGGCUUCCCCCGAGUCCAAGCCCGCCCUUCUGUCCGCUCUCACCGUCGACCGCAGAGCCUCGUACCCCCAUCGGCGCUGACCACCAUGGAGGAAUGUACUGGAGGAAGGAGGGUCGAGAAGGCAAGCUGCUUCCCUACCUGCUGCUGAACUCUCAGGGGGCAGAUGUCAAGUCACGCAUGCACCCCGUGGUGUUUGGAGAAAGCAUCGAGGUGAACCCCAGACCCACCACAGAGAUGAGGUUCAGCUCGGAGGUGAAGUACGACUCCCACCGGCACUACCGCGACGAGGUUUACUGUGCCCGCGUUCCCACGGUAACCUCCUACAGCGAGACUGUGGUGGCGCUGCAGAACCACACGUGGCGCAGCUACAAGUCAGAGGUCCACUUCCAGCCACGUCACCGGCCCGUCCACUACCAGAGCACGGCCAUCAUCUACCCCAAGCACGCGCGCAACACCUACCGCACCACACUGCACUACAACGCCAAUGCCGCCGGCCGCCGCAGGUUCGUGUCCACAGUGAGGCUGGAGUCCAGCGAGGACGGCAGUCCCUGCAUCAUCUACACCGAGGAGCUGUGAGACACGCCCACCACGCCGACACGCGAACUCCUGUACAGACUCGCUACCAUCACCGAGAUUAAACUCCUCUCCUCGGCCCGGAGAAACACGACGACUCCAGACUUCCAGACCUGAAUGGAGGAAAGGACACGGGGGGGGGGACUUUUAUUUUGUCUGGAGUGAUGGUUUCAUUAAGGUAGCAGUUCAUCUUUACUUUACAGUCAGGAGGUGGGUUAAUCCUGUCGUUCUUUUGUCUGUCUUGCCGUUACACUCCGCUAUAAAGAAUACUAUUCAAUAAAUCAACGCCAUAAAUUACAAUAAAAAACCUUCUAAACUGUCGGCAGGGUGAAAAAUAUCCUGCCAGGAAUCCUACAACUUUCUGCGAGUUGUAUAAACGCUUGAUUGCACUUUUGCUAAGAAAAAUAGUUUUUUUUUCUUUCUUUCUUUCUUUCUUUCUCUUUCUUUCUUUCUUUCUUUCUUUCUUCCUUCUUUGGGCUACGGUGAUUUCAGUGGAGCUGAGAGGGCAGCGUAGGAGCACUUGAAAGAUCGGACCAAUGUUUUUCUACAGAUCGGAGGAGGAGACGUGGGACUCUGGAGCGCACCGGGUAUUUGAAGCGGUCCAAGAACAUGGCCUUGAAGCAGAGAGGCUUUUCACUCACCACUCCGGACCCGCGCCGGAUCGUGCGGCUGAAGCCGAACCUUAGAGCGGCCGACGUGUCCGAGUUUACCCGAGUCCAGAAUUAAUGUGUUUUAGUCCAGGAUACGAAUCACGAACGUCCAGCUGAUCCAAGAGGAUUUCCUCAAUUUUCCUGACUAUAGGACACUCAUCUUGUGAUGUCACAACUACAGAGGAGUCAACAAACAACGGUGUAUAUGAUUCACGUGUAAAUAAAAUACACCUUGAGAUUCACCGAAGGGGAAAGGACGCAGUAUAUCAAGAUGUUUUUUUCCAUUGGUCACCUGCGUGGUCUGCUGAGCCAAUAGAAACAGAGUGGGCGGGGCCAUGGUAAAGAAAGUGAGGAGCUAUGUAUUAUUAGGACAUGGAGAUGUUGUUUCCGGCUUUCAGAAUGUUGAUAGUGGGCGGGGCCAAGUGGUACGUUUUCAUCAGAGAUACCGAUAGACAAUAUUUUACUGCCGAACGCAGACGGGGAGACGAACACAGAGACGUCGGACGUCUUCUCCAGGAUUUCGCAACGUUAGUAAUCCCAUCGCAGCUGUUUGGAUUUGUCACGUCGCUGCUUCGAAAUUCAUCCGGGUAAAAUUAAAGCGCGUUAUCGCGAUCAACACAAAUCAGCAAAUCGAAUCCCCCCCAGACUUUGUGUCUUAUACUCAGGAAAACACACACACACCGGUUUCAGCUGGUAAGGGCGCUACGCCACCGCUCUAUCACGGUUACGAUCUUCUGCCACGUCACGCCUCCAGGCACAUGGCAAGGAUGCUGCGCUGUUUUCCUGUUUGUCUUACAAACAUCUGGAUUAUAAAUAUGAAAAACAUUUCUUCGGUAAAUCUUUAAAAUUUAAAGUUUUUUUUUUUCCUCUUACCUCACUCUCAGAAUCUACUCUGCGACGACUUUCGCUCUUAAGACGGAGAUGUUUCCGGGCGACUCGUGCAUUUUUUAGCACACGCGGUGGACGGCGUUACCGCACGUGAAAGGAGAGCGUGGGCGGGGCUUAGACGCGAAACGGAUGCGAUUAUAGGGUUUAUAGGGUGAAGUCAGAGAAGGUGAGAACGAAGGAUGAAGGGAAUGAGGUGACAAACGAAAAGGCGCGAGUCACACGUGGCUUUAUUUCACAAAAAAGGAAAGAAAGUGGAACGACAGACAAAGUAAAGUCGGUAUGAAUGGAAUUGGGGAAAGUGGUGAAAGGUUUCGGGACUCGGAGAUGUUUCUGUAAAAGUGGAUGAUUUCUUUUUGUUGUUUCUUUUUCUUCCUGUAAAAUACUUCCUGAUGUAUAUGUUGCAUAAGGCACUUAAUGAUUCUCUUUAUAUUUUUGUAUUCCCAAGUUUCAAUUUUUGUUUUGUUUUGGGGCAAGAGAUUAGAAGAUAAUUUAAGACACAAUGUAUAUCUUAAAUCAAUAAAUAAAAAUCACGAUUCUGUGAUGAUUUUGUUUUGUUUUGUUUUUUUGUGAACGAAUCGUCUUUUUGACAGUAAAAUUCGGUGCAAACUUUUGACCUGCGAACGCCGAACAAUGCAAACUGGAUGUAAAGAUCAGGAGCAAACAAGAUCACAAGGUCGCAGGAGACACACCCGGUGCCGGCGGUAGGGUGUGGAGGGCCAGGAAGUAGCACAAAAACACUCGCGAGUUGAACAGCUUCAGACACGCUGCCUGAUAUUCUCCGCUUCUCUGUGACCAAAAACAGCAGAUGACCAAGCAUUUGUAUUUUUAUUUUUACAUCAAACGUAAAAUCUCAGGAGUCCGAGAGCUGCCAGGACAAUCGGCUAA